AUUUUAUUUAAAUACACUCAGUCUCUAAGCAAGUAUGUACGAAGUUAAGAACAAAGUUUUCUUCAUUACUGGUGGCGCUGCUGGCAUAGGAGCUGGUGUGGUCAAGGCUUUUCUUGGGGAGGGGGCCAAGCAUGUCGCCAUCCUAGAUGUCGACGUCAAAAACGGGACUGCACUGGAAGCCGAACUUAUAGCUAAAUAUGGUGCGGACAAAGUAAAGUUCUACAAAUGUGACAUCACAACCAGUGAACUAAACGAUACUUACGAUGCAGUUCUUAAGCAGUGUGGAUAUAUCGACACGGUGGUCAACAGCGCUGGGAUACUUAACGACAACGCUAAUGUCUACAUGAAGGCUAUAGCCGUUAAUAUGACGGCUCUAAUCACAAGUUCAUUACGUGCAUAUGACAUCAUGCGCAAAGACCAUGGAGGCACAGGGGGCACCAUCAUCAACAUCUCAUCCAUCGGUGCGCUCUUCCAGGAUCAAUGUUUACCAAUCUACCACGCCACUAAGAGCGCGGUCCUGCAGUUCAGCCUUUGUCUUGGGAUGGACCCUACUUACUCCCGGACUGGAGUGCGAGUGGUAACUCUAUGCUUUGGUUGCACGGACACUUCGCUGCUCACCACAAACAAAGCGGACAGCUUCGAUCCGGACUUAAGGGAAUCAUUCUUUGAUGGUCUUAAAGUUAUGCCAACACAGACAACCGAAAACGCUGUGCGUGGACUGGUAGAAGCAUACAAAAGAGGCGCCAGCGCAUCCACUUGGCUUGUAUCUGGAAACAAACCUGCGGAAGACAUCUCAGCCAACGUCGAGGAAGCGUACGCGAUACUAAGCAGAGGAAUCACGGACUAAAUGAAGUGAUACGGAAUAAUUAAAUGUAAAGAAACACACGGAAAUAAAUUCAUGAUUGAUGAUGAACAACAUUUGUGGCUAGAUUUAUUAUUCCUUUCAAAAUCUGACAAUAUUUAAAAGGUACCUGCCCUACCUUCACUUGCCAUGAUUUGUAGACGCUUUUUAAGUCACCUGUUUUGUUUGCAUUCCAGCUAUGGAAGGGUAUUGGAUUCCCUUUGAAGACUUAUUAUUAGUAUGAUCAUUAUCAUGUUUAAUCGAUAUUUAAUUGAUUUCUAUAGU